AUGGCAGAUUACUCCAAUCUUCCCGAUUUCGACUCCCUGCCCCCCGUCCAAGGCAUGCCACAAGGCUGCGCCUGGGGCAUCUUCGACCAGGAUGGCAAGAAAGACCAUCUGGGCUGCUUGAACCUCCUUACCCCCCAAGUCGUCCAGGAAGCAUUCAAAGAAGCCCGAGACGGUAUCUCCAUCUCCUUGAACUGGCCCAUCGGUGCCAUCAACAAACCCGGUUUUGCUCGCAAAGGCCUCGAGCACAAGGUCAUGUCCUUCAAAGAAGGCCCCUUUGACCUCUGGGGCUUCGAUGAUGAAGUCGAAUUCAACACCCAAUGUUCCUCUCAAUGGGACAGUCUGGUACACUUCGCUCACCAGCCCACGGGACUGAGCUACAACGGUGUCCAACCCACCCGCGAAUCCCUGGUCCAAGGCUUCGGCACAUUUGAUGUCGAAAAAGCCCUCCCCACCCUCAACCACUGGCAUGACCGCGGCGGUCUCGUCGGUCGAGGCGUCCUCCUCGACUACCGUGCUUAUGCCGAGGCGAAGGGGAUCCAGUACGACUGCUUUGACUCCCACGCCAUUUCCGUGCAAGACCUCGAAGCCGUGGCCCAGCACCAAGGCACCCAAUUCAAGCAUGGCGACAUCUUGAUCGUUCGCUCGGGCUUCACUGAGGAGCUAGGUACGGCAUCGGCCGAGGAGCAGGAACGUAUGCUCGGCACCCACAAGGCAGUCGGCGUCAAGGGAUGCAAAGAAACCGCCCGAUGGGUAUGGAACCACCAUUUUGCCGCUGUUGCAGGUGACGCUAUCGCCUUUGAAGUCCUCCCGCCCACGCUGGAAGAGGAGAACAAUCGAACGGGAACAAUCGCGGAACUCGUCCUGCACCAGUACUUCCUCUCGCUCUUCGGUCUGAAUAUUGGCGAGCUAUGGGAUCUCAAGGCUCUCGGGGCUCAUUGCAAGAAAGUCGGCCGCUACGAAUUUCUCCUCACCAGCGUCCCGCUGAAUGUGCCCGGCGGUAUUGGAAGUCCGCCAAAUGCUUUGGCAAUUUUCUAG